AUGGGUUUAUCAAAAUAUCAACAAAUGGAUGAAGGAAUAGAUUGGGAUUGCUGCUUCAUGUUGUUGCCACACAGUCAAAACAAUGUCUCCUCUAUUCACGAUAAAAUCAGAUGUGAGAUUGAUUCAAUUGGCUUGGAGAGAAGUGAAAAAGGAAAAGAACAUACUCCAGAUGACUCCUUUUUGGAGAAGAAUGAAGGAAGAAAACAAUUGGAAACCAAGCCACGACAAUUUGAAAAGCAGAUUCCGGAUCCACGUGGUUCCAUUCAUCGAGAAAAUGGAAAUGUUUACUGUGGAAGAGCGUGUACUGUUCAUACAUUGUACGUAUCUUUAUGA